AGAUAUCAUCGAAAUUGAAUUGCAGGCCAAAGAACAAUUAAACAGGUGAAAAGAAGAAAGGGGCAUUGGGCGAACCAGUCGAUGCUGCUAACUAAGACGAAAUACAAAACCCUACUUUCCAGAGAGCGUAUUCGCAAAUGCUCUUGUCCCGGUUCUAAACCCUAGCUUACUUGGUCAGAUUCUCUGUUUUCGAGCUUAUCAAUGGCGUUCUCAUGGAUCAAAGCCCUAUGUUUCUAGCUGGGAUUUCUUGCCUUUUGAGCUCGAUUAUUGUGUAAAUGGCGUUAUGUCGGUUCUGGAAAGCUUAGUUCUUUAGCUCAAGAAUGGUGUUUUGGGAUAUUUUACCAGAGAGGAACCGCCGCCUUCUUGAAAACCAGUUCUAAACUCAAAGCUGAUAUUAUUGUGACAGUUGAUGCCUUAUCAGUUGCUGGAAAUCUUCGAGAUACAUGUUGUAAGCCAUCACUCGAAGGUUCUUUGCAUUGUAAAUUAGGUUUGUGAAAUGUAUUCUUCCUCUAUUUCUCGAGGAGUGGAAGGUGGCUCCCUUGUUUGUGCUCACAAGGGUUUGGCCUCGGAUCUACUUACUACUUCUUUCAAGGGAAGCCAUGCCAUUCGGUUAAAGGAUCUGGGAAGGACUAGGGUUAGAAUCCGUCAAGGUUUCCGAGUAUUUGCAAAGAUUGGAAAGGGGAAGAAGCAUGAUUACCCAUGGCCUGACCCAGAUCAGGUAGACCCAAAUGUUAAGGGAGGUCAUCUAAGUUACCUGUCCCAUUUUAAGCCAUUGCCAGAGAAGCCCAAGCCUGUGACUCUCCCUUUCGAGAAACCACUUGUUGAUCUAGAGAAGAAGAUAAAUGAUGUACAAAAAAUGGCUGAUGAAACAGGAUUGGACUUCACUGAUCAGAUUAGUUCUUUGGAGAGCAAAUAUCAACAGGCUUUGAAAGAUCUUUACACACAUCUGACUCCAAUUCAACGGCUAAGUAUUGCUCGGCAUCCUAACCGGCCAACUUUUCUUGAUCAUGUGUUAAACAUAACCGACAAGUGGGUGGAGCUUCAUGGGGAUCGUGCGGGUUAUGAUGAUCCAGCCAUUGUGUCUGGUAUUGGAAGCAUAGAUGGCAAAAGCUACAUGUUCAUAGGUCAUCAAAAGGGUAGGAACACAAAGGAAAACAUCCACCGCAACUUUGGAAUGCCCACGCCUCAUGGGUAUCGGAAGGCCUUGCGUAUGAUGCACUAUGCUGAUCACCAUGGAUUUCCCAUCAUCACAUUCAUUGACACACCUGGAGCUUAUGCUGACAUUAAAUCAGAGGAGCUCGGUCAGGGGGAGGCAAUUGCCCAUAAUUUGAGGACCAUGUUUGGCCUCAAAGUACCAAUCGUUAGUGUUGUCAUUGGGGAAGGUGGUUCUGGUGGGGCUCUUGCGAUUGGCUGUUCAAAUAAGAUGCUUAUGCUGGAGAAUGCUGUCUUCUAUGUAGCCAGCCCAGAAGCAUGUGCUGCGAUCUUGUGGAAGACUGCCUCAGCAUCUCCUAAGGCAGCUGAGAGGCUUAAGAUUACUUCCAGUGAACUGUGCAGGAUCAAAAUUGCAGAUGGGAUUAUUCCUGAACCUCUUGGUGGAGCACAUACUGACCCAGACUGGACUUCCCAGCAGAUAAAGAUUGCUGUCAUGGAGGCCAUGGAUGAGCUCACGCAAAUGGACGCAGAUACCCUUCUAAAACAUAGGUAUCAGAAGUUCCGAGUGAUUGGUGGCUUCCAAGAAGGUAUCCCUAUAGACCCAGAGCGAAAGCGAAACAUGAAAAAAUCAGACCCGGUUCUCCUUUCUACCCUAGAUCAAGAAGUUGAAGAGCUAAAGGAGAAGCUUCAAGAAGCCAAGAAACCUCUAGAAGUUUUCACCAACCUCAAGCAAAAGGUUGACAAAGAGAUAGAAGAAGCCUUAGAGUCUCUAGGGCUCAAGAGCAAAAUUGAAGAUCUCCGCCAAGAGUUGGCAGAAUCUGGCAGUCCAUCUGACCCCAGUGUAAAGGCCAAGCUCGAGGAGCUAACCCAGGAGGUCAUCCAGUGUUUGCCAGAGGAGUUAAAACAGAAAGUGGAGGCGUUAACCAGAGUUACGAAAGUGUUACCCAGAGUUAAGAAAGUGUUGGAUGAGAGAGCCGAGGCUGAGAGGAUUAAGAAGGAAGUUAACCAGGUGUUUGGCCAAGAAGAGGCUAAGGAGAAGAUUAUUAUAUUGAAGGAGGCGAGGGAGAAGGGGGAGCAGCUUCAAGAAGCCAAGAAACCUCUAGUAAAUUUCACCAAGCUCAAGCAAGAGGUUGACAAAGAGAUAGAAGAGGCCUUAGAGUCUCUAGGGCUCAAUGGCAGAUUCAAAGAUCUCCGCAAAGAGUUGGCCGAAUCUGGCAGUCCACCUGACCCCGGUGUAAAGGCCAAGCUCGGGGAGCUAAUCCAGGAGGUCGACCAGUGUUUGCCGAAGGAGUUAAAACAGAAAGUGAAGGCGUUAACCAUACUUGAAAAAGAAUUGGACAAGAGAACCAAGGCUGAGAGGAUUAAGAAGGAAAUUAACCAGGUGUUUGGCCGAGAAGAGGUUAAGGAGAAGAUUAUUGCACUGAAGGAGGCGAGGCAAAAGGGGGAACAGUUGGAUCCAGAUCGGACAGUCGAGAUUGAAAAUUUGAAGAAGGGUUUGGUGGAGGUUUUGGGGUCACUUAAUGUGGCGGUUGUACCACCAAAUUUGGGGAAGGUGGUGGUGGAGAUAGGCAAAGAGAUUAAGAAGGCAGCAGGUUUGGCAGGGGUUGGGGGUAAACUAGCAGAGCUUAAGAUGGAGUUGAGCAAAGGGGAAGGUGCUGAUAAAAAUAAAGCGAAGGAGUUGGUGUUGGAAAUUAGGAGAGAGAUAACGAAGGCCCUAGAUUUGGAAGCAAUUAGAGAGAAGGCGGGGAAGGCAAUUGGAGAGAAGGCGGGGAAAGCUGUGGAGGUGUUGGUGGAGGAGCCAAUUGGGGAUAAUGGGGAGUCUGUGGAUGAAGAAGCAACCAGUGUAUCAUCGGCUGAGAUAACGAAGGCCCUAGAAUUGAAGUCCAUUAGAGAGAAGGCGAGGAAAGAUGUGGUGGUUUUGGUGGAGGAGCCAGUUGUGGAUAAUGGGGAGUCAGUGGACGAAGAAGCGGCCAGUGUAUCAUCGGCUGAGGUCGAACUUGGGUUGAGCAAUGGAUAUGUUGGACAGGGAAUUAUCCAAUGAAAAUAGAUGGGAAUGGAUAGAGUGGGACCAACGUGACCAGGACGUAACGACAAUGGUUCACUUUCUGUUGUCGAUCACCUUGGCCGGUUUCUUGAAUGGUGAUGAUCCCACUGGAUUCCCAUUUUUCUUUGUAGCUCAAUUUCUUUUAUGGAAAAUUUGUAUAAACUGCUUUAGAAAUCGAGUUUUGUGCAUUAACAAUGAAAAACUCGUCUUUAGAACAAUGACAUAAGUAUGAGGGAAAGAUUUAUAUUUGAAAUUAUGAGGGAAUUAUUUCUA